UCCCAAAAAAACCCCUUUGCCUUCUCACUCUGAGUAUUUGGUACAAGUUGCCUGGUAGCUGGAGAGACACCCAUUAAUUAUCAGCUGCAGAUGUCCCUUUAAGGUUUGCUCUGCUGCCUGCAGACUUUAGCCUAAACACUAGCUGUUAAAGAUCUGACUUUAUUUGUACAUGUCUCUGGGCUCUUGGAUCCUGCCACGUGGGGGUUUCAAAGGCUGACAGCCCACUUCUUCAGAGAGGAUGGGGAGUGAGGGCUAAUAAAGGAGGGGGAUAAUUCAUUUUGAUGUGUAGGGGGAGGAAAAGUUAAAGGGCUUGAACAACAAACAGGAAAUGCCUCACUGGACUGCGAUUGCUGCUGCAAAUGCAGAAGGGGACCAGAAGCAGCCAGAGGAACAGCAUUCUGGACUUAGCAGACGUUCUGUGAACAGCAGAGGUCCCCUUGCUGCUCUCCUGGAUAUCCGUCCUGGCUGGGCUCCUUUUGUUCUGCAACAAGGGUCUUCCCCUCUCUCCUCCUCAGCAGCAUGCCAGGUGUCACUGUCCCAUGCUUGGCCAUCACAGCUGUGCUGCAUCUCGCUGUGUCUUUCAACGUUGACGUGAAAGAUACAAUUACCUUUAGCGGUCCAGUGGAAGAUAUGUUUGGAUACACUGUUCAGCAAUUUGAAAAUGAAGAAGGAAAAUGGGUGCUAAUAGGGUCUCCCUUGGCUGGUCAACCCCAGAAGAAAACGGGUGAUGUCUAUAAAUGUCCUGUUGGCAGGGACAAUGGUUUGCCAUGUGUAAAAUUAAACUUGCCAGUGAACACAUCCAUUCCCCAAGUAACAGAAGUAAAGGAGAACAUGACCCUCGGAUCCACUUUAGUGACCAAUCCCAAAGGAGGUUUUUUGGCAUGUGGGCCUCUUUAUGCUUAUAAGUGUGGACACCUGCAUUACACAACUGGCAUCUGUUCCAAUGUCAGCUCCAGUUUUGAGGUUGUCAACUCCAUUGCCCCAUCUGUACAAGAAUGCAAUACCGAAUUGGACAUUGUCAUAGUUCUUGAUGGCUCCAAUAGUAUUUAUCCAUGGGAGAGCGUAACUGAGUUUUUGAACAGUUUGCUGAAAAAUAUGAACAUAGGUCCCCAACAGACACAGGUUGGAAUUGUUCAAUAUGGAGAAAAUGUAACCCAUGAGUUUAACCUUAACACAUACAUGACUGUGGAAGAAGUACUGGUUGCAGCAAAGAAGAUUGGUCAGAGGGGUGGACACCGGACUAUGACAGCUCUUGGAAUCGACACAGCAAGAAAAGAAGCUUUUACAGAAGCUCGGGGUGCACGCCGAGGAGUGCAAAAAGUAAUGGUAGUUGUGACCGAUGGAGAAUCUCAUGACAGCCACCUCUUGGGAAAAGUGAUUCAGGAUUGUGAAGAUGAAAACAUUCAAAGAUUCUCUAUUGCAAUCCUUGGUCAUUAUAAUCGAGGGAACCUCAGCACUGAUAAAUUAGUUGAAGAAAUCAAAUCUAUUGCAAGCGAGCCAACUGAGAAGCAUUUUUUUAAUGUCUCAGAUGAAUUAGCCCUGCUUACUAUUGUUGAAGCUCUUGGAGAGAGGAUAUUUGCCCUGGAAGCUACAAAAGACCAACUGGCAUCCUCUUUUGAAAUGGAAAUGUCUCAAGCUGGGUUCAGUGCCCAUUAUUCUCAGGACUGGAUCAUGCUUGGAGCAGUUGGCGCCUAUGACUGGAAUGGAACUGUUGUCAUGUUAAAGGACAGUGCUGCUAUAAUUCCAAGAAAUGACAUGUUUUAUGAUGCUUCUUCAGAAAGAAAUGAGCCUCUUGCAGCUUACUUAGGUUAUACAGUAAAUUCAGCCUCCGUACCUGGAGAUGUGCUGUACAUUGCUGGCCAACCUCGAUAUAAUCACACUGGUCAAGUUAUCAUAUAUAGAAUGAGAGGGGGAGAUAUAGAAAUACUGCAGCGGUUAAGUGGAGAACAAAUUGGAUCUUAUUUUGGGAGUGUUAUUACAACCAUUGAUGUUAACAAAGAUACAUUUACUGAUAUUCUUCUGGUGGGAGCACCUAUGUACAUGGGGACUGAGAAAGAAGAACAAGGCAAGGUCUAUGUUUAUGCUUUGAACAAGAAAACGUUUGAAUAUCAGAUGACACUUGAGCCUAUAAAGCAAACAUGCUGUUCGCAAUUGAAACACAGUGACUGCACAAAUCACAACAAGAAUGAACCUUGUGGGGCACGCUUUGGAACCUCCAUUGCUGCUGUAAAGGAUCUGAACCUUGAUGGAUUUAAUGACAUCGUUAUAGGGGCUCCUCUAGAAGAUGAUCACCGUGGAGCAGUGUAUAUUUACCAUGGCAAUGGAAACACCAUAAGAAAAGAAUAUGCUCAGCGCAUUGCAUCAGGUGGAGAUGGGGAAAAGAUGAAAUUUUUUGGACAAUCUAUACAUGGUGAAAUGGAUUUAAAUGGAGACGGAUUGACAGAUGUAACCAUUGGAGGACUUGGUGGGGCAGCCCUCUUCUGGUCUCGAGAUGUUGCAGAAGUGAAUGCGACCAUGAAAUUCAUGCCCAACAAAAUUAAUAUCCAGAAAAUAAACAGUGACAUGCAAAAGCAAAGAGUAUUCAUCAAUGCCACAAUUUGUUUUGAAGUUCGAUUAAAAUCAAAGGAAGUUAUAGUAAAUGAAACAAACAUCCAGUAUUGGAUUACACUUGAUGCACAAAGAAAGUUGUCUCGAAGUCUUUUCACAGAAACGUCUGAAAGGAAGAUGCAAAAAAAUCUCACAGUCAAGGGUUCAAACUGUGUAAAGCACAACUUCUACAUGUUGGACAAGCCUGACUUCCGUGAUUCUAUCAAGGUUUUGCUGGAGUUCAACUUUUCUGAUCCAGAGAGUGGACCUAUUCUUGACAACACAUUGCCCAACUCAAUAUAUGAAUAUAUCCCUUUCACAAAAGAUUGUGGAAGCAAGAAGAAAUGUAUUACUGAUCUACAGUUGACUGCCAAUGCAACCAUAGGAGGAAACAGUUUUUCUCCAUUCAUUGUCAAGGUGAACAACCUCAAGUUCUGGGUACAAAUGCUUGUUAGGAAUAAAAAAGACAGUGCUUAUAAUACAAGAGUCAUUGUCCAAUAUUCUCCCAAUAUUAUUUUUGUUGGGAUUGAGAAAAUACCCAAAGAUAGUUGUGAAUCUGGGCAUAACAUCACUUGUAAAAUAGGUUACCCAUUCCUAUCAACUGGAGAGGAGAUUUAUUUUGAAAUAGCAUUCCAGUUCAAUGUGUCUUAUCUUCUGGAAAAUACUACCAUUCAGUUUUCUGUAACAAGUGACAGUGAUGAACAUGAUGAGACCCUGGAAGAUAACAGAGGAAGUAUUGUAAUACCCAUAAAAUAUGAAAGUGGAUUAAUAUUCAAAAGGGAUCCAAAUUCAUAUCACAUCAUCAUUGCUGCCAAUGAACACACUCCAGAAGUGUUUAAUUCUACAGAAAGCAUUGGAGAUGAAAUUAACUUAAACUAUAUGAUUGAAAGAAUUGAAAAAAUUGAAUAUUUGCCAAUGCCAGAACUUACACUGCAAAUCUCAUUCCCCCACAUGGAUUCAGCAAAAAACCCUGUCCUUUACCUAACUAGGAUAUCAUACUCAGAGACUGUGCGGUGCCAAAGUAGCCAUCCCACUGACCCAUUAAAGAUUGAUGCUGCUGACAGUCCAUUUGUGGUGCCAAGAAUACAAAAGCCCCUAAAGGAUGUGCAAAUAGACUGUGAUUCGUAUGAUUGCAUAUCUAUUAACUGUACUGUGGCUCCAUCUGAUGUAACUCAGGUCAAUAUUUCACUCCGACUCUGGAAACGUACCUUCAUAAAGGCAAGCAUUCACAGUGCAGAGAUCACAGCAAGAGCGUUACUUCGAAGUGAAAAUUCAUUACUGAUUUUGAAAAAAGAAAAUGAAAAAAUAGAGACAAGUAUUAAAAUUUCAAGAGAGCUUCCUCCUGGCCACGUGCCCUUAUGGGUUAUUCUGCUGAGUAUAUUCGCUGGACUUCUGAUUCUUACACUACUUAUAUUUGCAUUGUGGAAGGCUGGAUUUUUCAACAGACCAUUAAGAAAGAAAAUGGAGAAAUGAGAAGAAAAAUCCUCAAAGGAAAACUGUAGCAAUUCUACAAUGAUCAAUCCUCAGGUCUUCCUCAGAGAUGUGACUGUAAACAACUGUGUUUUGUGGUCAUCACAUUUUUUCCUCCACAUCCACAGAGAAUACCUAACAUGUAAAGAAAAGAAAACUGACAAAUCAAAGGGAAA